AUGAAAUCAACUAUCGUGAUCUCCACUGCAUUUCUCUCAUUGUCAAGAUGGACCAGCAGAAACCCGCCAGCGCCGUUCUUCGACCUGCCAUGCUCCGGAAUCCGCUGCAAGUCCCCGCUUGACAUAGUCGUCACGGAGCUUCACGCCUACGGUCGAGCUCCUUCCACGUUGCUCCGCUGCCUGCUUUACCCAGGAAUUAUCGCCCAAAGCUUCCAGAAAACCUUCACCGGGGAGCCGUUCAAGUUACCUGAAUGGAACCGCAUUUUACAGCCGUUGGAUCCGGUCAUCGCGAAGGAUCCGUAUGCGCACUCCUUUCCCACAUCCUGGGAGGAUUUCAAGGACCAGGACAUUGAUAUGAUCGGCGGAAGCUUCCUGGUGGUUGCUGGGGGAUUCAUGGCCAUUUUAGGUCCUUCUGCCGGGGGAACAGUGGGAUUGUCGGUGUUGGCGUUCUAUGCAAUGCGCUCGUCCUGGGAUGGAAUCGAGCCAAUCAGUGUGCUUAUGAUAGGCGCUGGCGAGUACACUGUAGGGUUUGUACCAACCAAGGAGGGAGCUGCCAGCGACAAGUCUGCUGGAGUCAUUGCCAUCACACUAAUGGACCUCCGGCGUCUGGGCAAGGUGCAGCGACUGCUGCUGUGCGACCGAUCCGGGCGGCACUUCCCCGCCAUCAGAGAGACGCUCAAGAGGAAGAUUGCAGACGUUUACCGAGACAUGGAUGUGACCGUAGAGACUUACCCUGCAGAUGAUGUACAGGAGGACGAGGCAGCAUACCUGGCAGCCAUGGCACACAUGCAGCCGGGAGACAUGGUCACCGUCUUCACUCCCGACAACACACACUACCCCAUCGCCCUCGCUGCCAUCCAACACGGUGGGUGGGGUUACGACAGGAAACCCCAUCGCCCUCGCUGCCAUUCAGUAUGGAGGGUAGUAGGUAGGGAGGACGAGGCAGCAUACCUGGCAGCCAUGGCACGCAUGCAGCCGGGAGACAUGGUCACCGUCUUCACUCCCAAAAACACACGCUACCCCAUCGCCCUCGCGGCAAUUCAACACGGCCUCCAUGUGCUUGUAGCGAAGCCAGCAGUGAAGACCCUCCAACACCACCACCACCUCGUGCAAGCAGCAGAGGCAGAGAUUCAAGGCUCGACCUCCCUCCCACCUGGUCCCCCUCUCUUACUUUCCACCUCUCCCCCUCUUCCCCUCUUCCCGCUCUCCCUCUCUCCCCCCUCGACCCUUCACCAUUUUUUCCCUCCUCCUCCCUCACUUCUCCCUUUGUCCCCCCCUACAGACUUCCAUGCGUGGGCAGUGCAGGGGCAGUCACGGCCAGUGGUGGUGGUGGCGAGUGCAGCGAGGGGGAAGGCCACCCAAGUGCUGCAAGAUGUGCGGGGGGGUGCAGCUGGGUCGGUGGAUGUGGAGGAUUCAAUAACUCUCAUGGUCCAGUGGCAGAACAAGGGCGGCUCAUGCGGCACCGCAGUGUACACUGCAAGCUGGAUUGCGCCUCCUUCUGAUUGCCACACGCAGCAGCACUUUCACUAUAUGGGUCACCAGGGUGAGGUCCGAGUGGAUCAAGCUCACAGAGGAUUCACCAUGUCAACUGAUGCAGCUGGCUUUGCUACACUCAACCCACUGUGCAUGAAGUACACUCCGGACGCAACAGGAAGAUUCGCUGGCCAGUUGGGGUAUGGUUACCGCAGCAUUGCAGAUUUUGUUACGGCAGCCCAGUGCAUAAAUGCGAAGAAGUUCACUGUGGCAGAUGUGGAGUCCAAUGAAAUGAUUGCGACCAUACGAAGUCCAGCAUGCCUCUUAACCACAGUGAUUCUAGAGGCGGGCAGGAAAAGCCUGGACAUGAAUGGUGUUCCCGUAUCAAUAGAAUACGACGAAGAGGGAAGGCCUAUAACUCUGAGGCCAGCCUCUUCCUAA